AUGUUGUAUGCCUCUGUUGGCUCCCUAUUCAAACAAACCAGGAAAGACAACCGUAUGCCGAUAAGCAGUUGCCAACAACCAUCAAAGCAUGUCGACGUUCGGUUUGCAAUCGUUUCCACAUAUCACGGCGCUCCGCCACCCUUCAACCUAAUAUGA